CUUUCCUCGAAGGCAAAACACAGCGGUCGCGACAAAAUCACAAACUUGGAGUUCCGGAAAAGCAAUAUCGGCUGAAUUUGGCUCAUAAAAGCAGAUCCGUACAGUUUAAGGGAGCUUUGCUGUUCGUGUCGAAACUCCCUUGUAUGGUUGAACGUGCUUUGCUGUAGCAGCAGAACCUGGCUCUGAGGGGUUGGAUCGAUGUCGAUUUCUUCUAAACAGGAAUUUGGACUUCGCAAGAGUUGUAUGAUGUUAACUGGUACAAUGAUCCUUCCUGUGUUGAUGACAUUGACCUUUCCGAGUUUUAGCUGUGAAGACGAGAAGCCAGAAUUAAACACAGGCCUGUAUAAGUGCGUAUGUGAAGGGAUGUUUUGUGGAGGAGAGGAUCAAUGUGUAGGGCAGCAGUGUUUCGCAUCACUGAGCAUAAAUGAUGGUCAUCCAGUUUAUCAAAAAGGCUGCUUCCAAGUAUAUGAACAGAGUAAGCUGACAUGCAAGACUCCACCAUCAGCGGACCAGACAGUAGAAUGUUGCCAUGGCAACUUGUGUAAUAUGAAUAUUACAGCUCAACUGACACCUAAAGGAAAGUCACAGCAAGAAACAGAGUUGGGUUACAGUGUAAGAACCCUGGUUAUUGUUGUUAUCGCUCCGGUAAUUGUUCUGAUCGUCGCGUCCAUGGUGACGGUACUGAUAUUACGCAAACUCCACCAAAAUCAAAUGCAAAGACUAAAUGCUCGAGAGGUUGAGUAUGGUGCCAUUGAUGGACUGAUUGCUUCAAAUGUUGGAGAUAGCACCUUAGCAGAUCUGUUGGAUCAUUCCUGCACAUCAGGCAGUGGAUCAGGUCUUCCUUUCCUCAUACAAAGAACAGUGGCUCGGCAAAUUACCCUUGUAGAAUGUGUAGGCAAGGGACGCUUUGGAGAGGUUUGGCGGGGUCAGUGGCAAGGGGAAAACGUGGCAGUCAAGAUAUUUUCUUCCCGAGAUGAAAGAUCUUGGUUCAGAGAGACUGAAAUCUAUAACAGUGUGUUGUUGAGAAAUGAAAAUAUUUUAGGUUUUAUUGCCUCUGACAUGACAUCCAGAAAUUCCAGCACGCAGCUAUGGCUGAUUACCCAUUAUCAUGAGGCAGGAUCACUCUAUGACUACCUACAGCACACAACUCUGGACACUGUAGGAUGCUUACGAUUAUCAUUGUCUACUGCUAGUGGUCUAACGCACUUGCAUACAGAAAUCAUUGGGACACAGGGGAAAGUUGCAAUUGCACAUCGAGAUCUUAAAAGCAAAAACAUCCUUGUUAAGGAGAAUGGACAGUGCUGCAUUGCAGAUUUAGGUCUUGCUGUGAUGCAUUCCCAGUGUACUAAUCAUUUGGAUGUUGGCAAUAAUCCCAGGGUAGGGACCAAGCGAUAUAUGGCACCUGAAAUAUUGGAUGAAACAAUUCAAGUGAAUCUGUUUGAUUCCUAUAGGAGGGUGGACAUCUGGGCCUUUGGUCUAGUCUUGUGGGAAGUAGCAAGGAGAACAAUUAGCAAUGGUAUUGUUGAAGAUUAUAAACCUCCAUUUUAUGACCUUGUUCCUAAUGAUCCUGGUUUUGAUGAUAUGAAAAAAGUGAUUUGUUUGGAUCAACAAAGACCAAAUAUUCCCAACAGAUGGUUUUCAGAUCCGACAUUAACAUCUCUUGCAAAGGUGAUGAAGGAAUGUUGGUAUCAUAAUCCAUCAGCAAGACUAACUGCCCUACGUAUUAGAAAGACUUUGACCAAAAUUGACAGCUCAUUUGAUAAGUUUAAAAUGGACCGUUGAUUAUUCAGUUUCCUGAAGAUUGUCUAUUAUCUGUGCAUCUACAAAUGGGAAUAUAAUGGAAGAAAAAUAGCUUUCUGAAAUGCUUCUAUACAAUGUUCAGAAAGUGCUGGAAAUACGCAGACUGUUGCUCAGAAACUGAAGAUAACAUGAUUAACAUUUCACGUCAGAUCCUUGUCACGACUCAUUUCAGUUUUAUCCACCAUAUGAUUAUUUUUGGAACAUCUUUUGCUUUAAGAAAUUAAAAUUGCAGAAGUACAAAGAUAGAAAACUUGCAAGACUGUGUAAAUAAAGCACAUCCGUUUAUCUGGUUAGUACGUAACCAGAAAGGAAACUGAAAUUUUAAGAACUUCUCACAGAAGUAAAAAUAAAUUUGGGGGUAUUGAAAGAAAAUAUUCUGUUGUUCUAAAAUCUUGACAAUGUCCACGUUUUGAUUUAAUAUUUAUAUUCAAAUGUCAUAGUCAUUGUGGCCUUUCAUGAUUUAUUUUGCACUGGUGACUUCAGUUUUCCUUGUAUGCACUACAUGUUAUUGUUUUAGGUGCAUUAAGACCUUCUAACUAGCCAAAUUAUGAAUUUUUAUAUGAUAUAGCAUCUAUCUGGUGGUAAUUACAUAUUAUAGGCAAUCUCCACCUCGAACUAAUUUCUUUAAAUAUUGGUAAAUGCUACAUGCACUGUUAACCCAAAUGUUUUCACAUCUACCUUUCCGAAUUUGAGAGUUAUUUAUUGCAAUAAUGCCAUUGUUUUUCAUAAUUAUGAAAGGAUACUGCAGUUUUUUUUUAAUGGAUAGAUUAUUGAUCUUUUUCUGUUUCACAAUGUUUACAUUUAAUGUGGUGAGUAUUCUGCCUACAGCAUUAGUUUAUGAACUACAAAAACCUGUUUUUUUAAAUUCUUGUAUUUGUAUAUUGUAAAUGCUUUCACAGAAGCAAAAAUAAUUCAUCUACAAGUUGUGUAACCUUACAUAUCAGUGAAAUGCUGUGUCACAUUUUUUUGGAAUGUGAAAACGUUUAGUGGUCCAAGGUAAAAUGUACAUUGUGAACUUUUACAGAGAAUUAACUACUGUAUUUGUGUUUUAAUCUAUAUUUUAUAUUUGUAUAAUUUAAAUAAAACAUUUUAUAAGUGCA